AUGAGCCUGGGGGAACUUGCCCCUCUUGCCUUUGGGAGUGGCCCUCUACUAUCCCUGAUGGCAUCUCUUCUCGUUCUCCACCGUUGCACCUUCACCCGUAAUGAGCAUCUCAUGAUGUCCCCGGAUAUCGCCUUGACGUGCCGGGGGAUUUCCAGCGACCCUGGGAGCAUAGGUGAAGAGGGGCACGGGUCAGGGAGAGAGGAAGAGAGCGAGGGGGUGGAGCUGGAUUGAGGGAAUGGAAAGGUAAAUGUCCGUGGCAGCAGUCCGUCGAUGCGUCGGACGGCGUCUUUGGAGACUGUGUACCUUCGCGGCCAGUGGCCGAGAGACGGCGCCGCCUUUCUUACCUACUGCGGUCAUCCCCUCGUCCACAAGGCCACUCAGGCGAUUCACGACUUGGAAGGGCCGGCAUUUACCUUCCUCCUCCUGGCAACUAUCAUUAUCCUCGGCGGAUCGGCUGGGAUUUGGCGUAUCAUGGCCCAAGGUCAAAGCCUUUGGGCAGGAGUUGAUGUCAUCGCACUUGAGGACGAGUCACACUUGGAAAUUCCACGUGUGAUGGGAACCGGAUGA